UAUGCGGGGGUGGCAUGUGGUGAUGUAAUGGCUGGUAAGUAAUAUUCCACCAAGGUGACACUAUAUAUGCAUUGGUCAAAAUUGUACAUUGUACACAACUGACAAUUCACAUCAAUAUAUUGCUAUGUUAAGAAAAUUACAUUAAUUGGGAUGAAUAUUUGUGAAAAUUAUACAUAUAAUGUGAAUAUACACAUACCUUCUUCAUCCCAUGUAAUAUGAUAUUAUGAACAUGCAAGCCUUUUUCAGAAUUGUUCUUUUCAUUAAGAAAAUGAACCAUGCAUAAACUAAAGAAUGGAAUAUAUGUUUAUUUGUGUGUUUACAGGUAGACUAAUGUUCAGUUGUGUGUUUACAGGUAGACUAAUGUUCAUUUGUGUGUUUACAGGUAUAGACUAAUGUUCAUUUGUGUGUUUACAGGUAGACUCAUGUUGAUUUGUGUGUUUACAGGUAGACUAAUGUUGAUUUGUGUGUUUACAGGUAGACUAAUGUUGAUUUGUGUGUUUACAGGUAUAGACUAAUGUUGAUUUGUGUGUUUACAGGUAGACUAAUGUUCAUUUGUGUGUUUACAGGUAGACUAAUGUUCAUUUGUGUGUUUACAGGUAUAGACUAAUGUUCAUAUGUGUGUUUACAGGUAUAGACUAAUGUUGAUUUGUGUGUUUACAGGUAUAGACUAAUGUUGAUUUGUGUGUUUACAGGUAUAGACUAAUGUUCAUUUGUGUGUUUACAGGUAGACUAAUGUUCAUUUGUGUGUUUACAGGUAUAGACUAAUGUUCAUUUGUGUGUUUACAGGUAGACUAAUGUUCAUUUGUGUGUUUACAGGUAGACUAAUGUUCAGUUGUGUGUUUACAGGUAUAGACUAAUGUUCAUUUGUGUGUUUACAGGUAGAUUAAUGUUCAUUUGUUUGUUUACUGGUACACUAAUGUUCAGUUGAAGGUAAAUAUACAUGAGUAAUAAUUUAGAGAACAUCCUGAUUACGUUAUUGGAUACAUUUUCAAUGCAUGACAUUGUGUGAUAAUGGGACUGUUGUGUGAUGCAAACCAAAUAAAGCUUACUAUGGGAUGAAGAGAAACAGCUAGAGUUUGUUGAGUUGUAUAUUUAAUGCAUUAUAGAUUGUAAUGCUGAGAGGUAGACCAACGUGGUCUCUAGCCAAAGUUUUGAAUGAAAAAUAUAUUGGACCAGAUUGCAGUUCUGAUCAACCCUUUCUCUUUUCUCUCUCUUUGGAUGUUUGUCUGCCUGCAUUGUCAAUGAUUUUAAAAUUAGCUCAGUUUUCCAUCUAAAUGUGAGCCUUUAUAGAUGUAUAUCAUUGAGACCUACUGAAUGGGCCUUUCCUCAAAUUCCUUUUUUUUCAUGAACAUUUUACUAGCCAGGGUUCUAUACUUUGUAAGGUUAUAUAUACAUCUACUUUUGUACCACUGACAUAUAGAUAUAUACGUUGUAUUAUGGUAUGGUGCAGUAUAUCAAUCUGUCAGAAUCUUGUAGGCCAGAUAAACACUGUAAUGAUUAGGCUUAAAGAUCAUCAAACUCUGUACAAAUGUUUCCAAUGAGUUGAAAAAUUAAAGUCUUUAGAUUUUCAGGGUCAAAGGUCAAGGUUAAACUUGCAUUGGUAAUUUGUAGGCACAGAUUAGACUAAGAUAAUUAUAAGUUUGAUACUGUGGUAGUAAAUGCUCAUAGUUAUAGUUGCAAUAUAGUAUGGUGCAGUGUUGCUCUGGGUGUUUCUGAGUGCAUGUCUUCCAUUGUUCAUUCGAUCAUCGACAUAACCUCAUGAGAAGGAUAUUAAUGAGCUGUACUAAUAAGGCUAUAGGAUAAUCAAAACUGUACAUUUGUUCCUCAUGGUGUGAGGAAGAUGCCUGAUAUUUCUCAAGGUCAAAGUCAUAAUUUCACAUAGGUAAAUAUGAAGGAAAAUCAACACUGAUAAGGCAAUGAUCAUCAAACUUGGUGUAAAUGUGCCCAUGGUGUUGGUGCCAAGAAUAUUUUGAAAAGUAAUGUUUCUCAGGUGAAUUUUGUUUUUCACAUUAUCUGCCACUGUCAGAACCAUUUUUUUUUUUUUUUUUUUUUUUUAUACCAAAGAAUGGUUUAUUUAGAUGUUAGUUAUUUCUUUACUACUUCAUUACUGGCUAUUUUGGACAGGCAUAUUUUGCAGCAUGAGUGUAAAAAAAUGCUCUUGUUAAAACAGUUUGACAUACAGUUUUCAAAUUGAUAUUUCAUGAACAUACAGACUUGACUGUAAAAGAAACUUACUGAUAGUACAACUACUGGGUCACCUUUGACCCUUACCUUCUACCUUAUUAGACAUGAACCUUAACCUUUGAUCUUUUGGCAAAUGAAUUUUGGGUGAGGGGGGAGGGGCUCACGUACUUUACACUUUCUUGGUAAGGGUCUACAGUUAGGAUGUAUACAUGUAUAUAUAUAAGAUACAUUUGAUUGAUUUAACAUAUACCCCAAAACGUGAUAUUUGAGCAUGGGUACGAAAACAUGAUAGAGGACAAAGCUUGCUUCAUAUUUUUUUUUUUUUAUAUACGAAUGCUCACUGCAGAUAUACAUGUAUGUUUUGAAAGUAUUUUAUGAUCGAAAACUAUUUUAAAGAUGUUUAUAUACACAAUGACCAUCUUGAAAGUUUCUCAUGAUCAAAAAUUAUGUGAAACUUUUAAAAGCUGUUUAUAUAUAUAUUUAUAAUGACCAUUUGGGUUUGGUCACCUGAUGUACGUACAUCAAGUAAACAAUGGUCAGUUGUGAAAUUAAAUUAUGCAAAAGCUAUAUUCAAGUAAAAUUUUGGACAAAAUUAAAAAAGUUGAUAUUUUGGUUUUUGUAAUUAAAUAGUUAGUUGUAGACAGAGUAAUUUAUCAAUCAUUUUGUAAUGUUCACAUUAUUGAAAUAUAUGCAAAUUUAAAUCAACAAAACAGGUUAAAAGAAACUUACAGUGUAUGCAGCAUAUUCUUAUUAGACAAUAUGCACUUCCUGUCUGUCUACUUGUGAGAGUGAAUUUUCAUUUAUUUUGUUUAAGCAUAAGUAUACCAAUAAAUAACAAAUUGGAAUAUUGUUAAUUAUUUUUCUUGAGUUAAAUGGCAACAUCUUGCAAUUUUAGCAGUCCUACACUUCAUAUCACUGAUGAAAUGAGUAAUGUACAAUACACUAUUCCGUUGUCUUACUUAACAAUUACAGUGUAUUUCGUAAAGAGUUUAUAUAUAUAUAUAUAUAUACCUGUAUUGCAAUUCAUAUUUUUCAUGAAUCUCUUGUAUCUAUAAAUUGUGUUUUUGCUUCUUGAUCUGCAUAAAUUUUCAGUGAAUGAAAUAUUUUUGUCCUUCAUUUUUUUUUUUUUAAGAUAUCCAAACAAUUAUUAGAUGAGGAUAGAAAUAUCUCGAGAAUGUGAAUCAUUUACUUUUUAAAGUAUUAAAUGCUUGCGAAGUCAAAUACAGAAAGAUUUAUUUUACUAUCAUGAAAAUAGAGGUAAUUUUUAUGGCUCAUAAUACAGCAAACACAAUUAAUAGAAAACAUUUCGUCCUUUUCAUCUUUUCAUAAAGUAGAAAUUCACACCUGUCGAAAAUGUUCAGGUGUUUCAUAUCAGAACUUGAAUGAUCAAGUCAAUCAUCAAAAAUAAAAAAAAAGGAGAAAAAGAAUUUAUAGCAAAAAAAAAAAAAAAAAAAAAAAAUUACAUCAAAAAUUUACAUUGUAAAAGUAAACAUUAAGGUAAUCCCAUAAUCCUAGAAUUAUAUUUCAAGGCGUAAAGAUAAGUGAAAAGCCUUGAUGGAAGAUCACAUUUAUAUAUUGGACACUUUUUUUUAGCUUGCAGGCCUGUAGUUACAUCUAGAGAUGUCUAUACAUCUUAUUUUGAUGUCACCCAUGAAAGAAAUUCAAAUGAGAUAAUAUUUUACUUACAUUCAAAUGCUGAAUCCUGCAUAACACUUAGCAUUUACAAUUUUUUGUUGUGGCCAGGUUUACCAAAGUUGCGUCUUCCCGCAGACAUAAGGGCAAAGAGUUUUGCGGCUAACAGAUUUGCGAGAGAAUCUCUAACGACUAAUAAACACAUAAACAAUAAAAGAUGAUUUUGGAGAUGAGGGUUCCUUGCGCCCUUGUAUAGGAAUGACAUAUAGUCCGUCAGCAGUGGAUUGACACUGGAAAGCUCCCCUCUGUAGAGCACUGGGUCGUGGACAUAAAACGUAUUUAUACCAAGGAACAGCAGGGGAUUAUAUACCUUGUACAUUGCUGCCAAGGGUCACCGAGUGUUUGAACAAGUAGGAUUGAUAUAUAUCCCAAAGAAAAAAAAGGAAUGUCUGGGAAGGAAAGUCUAGCAGGGCAGCCUCAAAAUGGUCAACAGUCCGAGAAAGGUCACCCUCAGGGCUCAGCAGGGACAAGCGGUGGUCCCAGGAAUUGGUACCUGUCUGAUAUCCAGCAGAUGAUGUAUGGGUUUGGAGAUGUCCCAAAGCCUCAGCAUGACUCGACAGUUUUGAUUGAAGACAUUGUUAGGCAACAGCUGACAUCUUUACUACUUCAAGCAUCUGAUGUGGCCUCGACAAGAAAUGGGCGUUUUAUUGGGAUUGAAGACCUUCUGUUUCUUCUUCGGAAAGACAAAGUAAAGCUGAGGCGUUUGUUGCGGUAUAUGGAUGUGAAGGAUCAGCGAUCCAUGGCAUUGAAGGGGGUCAGUGAUGAGGGGGAGGAGGAGCAGGGGGGAGACAAAGUGGCCCAACCCUUCAAGAAACGUCAAAAAAUCUGCUACGACUUUCUCAGUUCUAUUGAUUCCACAGGAGAACUGGUGGCUUUAAUGGAAGAUGAUGGUACAGAUGAAGUGAAGAGGGAGCGAUUAUUGCGAGCUGAGCUACAGACUAGAUAUAUGGACCAGAAGCAGUACAUGGAAUUCUGUGAGGCCAGACAGAUGAGUUUUGGGAGGAAAUACAAGUCGCAGCGUUUUAAGGACUGGCUAUUGACUGGCAUCAACACAGAGCUCAAACCAAACCAACAAGCUCUGGAAAUAUUCUCCUACUUCGCGUAUGAAACAGUUGCUCAGAUUGUGGAUAUGGCUUUGCUAGUAAAACAGGACAAAAAAGCAUUGUAUGGUGACCCAGUAACAAAGGAUUCCCCAAAUGUGUGCAUAAAUUACUAUAACCAGAGAUCCCUGGGGUCAGGCAUUGGUUCCCCUCCCUCCUCCACUCAGGGGCCAGCGUCUCCUGUUCAGAGUCCUCCUGCCACCCCCACCACCCCUGGAUCCACCCUCAGUUUAAGUUCCAGCUCUUCAUCUCUAAGUGCCUCACUCCCAAAACAAAAGAGCAAGAAACGGAAAAAGUGUGGAAUAGGGAGUGCAUUGGAGAUCUCUUCUGCCAUACAGCCAGACGACAUCCAUGAAGCUAUGAGGAGAUACAGUCAGUGUAUAGGCCCAUUCUCUUCUCAUAUUAACACAAAUCCCAUGGUUCUUCCACACUCGAGACUUCUGUGUUUAUGAUAUCCCAUGUGCAUUUUUGGUGAAUUGGACGACAUUUGUUGUGAAAUUGAAAUCAAUGGACAGUUGUCCUUCUAUCAAAGAAAUGGAUUUCAGUAUUACAGACUUGAUGCUUUAAGUCAUUUCUUGUUUUAUGCAACAAAGCAUGAAAGAUACCCUCAAACAAAGAAACAAUUCAUGAAAAUUGGCAAAUGUCAAAUUUAUUCCACUUCACGAUUUCAAUGUGCAUUUCAAAUCACUACAAAUAAUACUUGUCUUUGAUAUAAAUAACUGAACUGUUAUUACAUGUUUUGUGAAUAAAAUGCAUACAAACUUUGAGCAACUAAAA